GGAGCCACCUAGAAUUCGAAGACAACCUCUGUAAAGAAUAAACGAAGAAAAUAAACUUAUUACUCUUUCUAUUAACAGGAAAAAAGAAGAAGGAAAUGGAUGGGAAAAGAAUCGAGGGCAAUGAAGUUUAUGCUUUAGUAAUUUGUGUAAGCAUUCUCCUCUUUGCUCCGAUUGUUGUGUCUCAACCAAUACCCGCAGAUAAAUCCCAAGUAGAAGCAUGGUUUAACGGCAUUAUCAAGCCAGUGAAGGAAAGGGGUAAAACCUUGGACCCUGAAUUGGUACAGGCGGAGACAGAACCUAGAAUCAUAAAGGUGAUGCAAGGUGGGGGUGGAGAAUUCAAUACCAUAACCAAAGCCAUCGAGAGCGUUCCAUCAGGGAACGCCAAACGUGUGAUUAUAUCCAUCGGGCCUGGAUCUUACAAAGAGAAAAUUAGAAUUGAAAGAAAUAAGCCUUUCAUUACAUUGGUUGGAGAUCCUAAAAACAUGCCAAAUUUGACAUUUGACGGCACCGCCAAGCAAUAUGGAACCGUAGAUAGUGCCACUCUUAUUACUGAGAGUAGUUACUUUGUGGGUGCUAAUCUCAAUAUAGUGACCACUACUCCUAGGCCCUACGGGAAAAUGGUAGGAGCACAAGCGGUUGCUUUGAGAGUCUCCGGCGACAGGUCGGCUUUCUAUAACUGCAAGAUCAUCGGCUUCCAGGACACUUUGUGUGAUGACAGGGGCAACCAUUUCUUUAAGGAUUGCCAUAUUCGUGGCACUGUUGAUUUCAUUUUCGGAAGCGGGACAUCUUUAUAUCUGAACUCAGAAAUAUUUGUGGAAGGAGAUCCAGAAGGAGAUCCAGAGAUGGCAGUAAUUACAGCACAAGCGAGAGAAAGUUCAUCGGAGGAUACGGGUUAUUCAUUCGUGCAUGGGAGGAUUACCGGAACAGCGAAGGACGUAUUUUUGGGAAGGGCUUGGAAGAGCAGUCCGAGAGUUGUUUAUUCUUAUACUGAAAUGGAUGAAAUCGUCCAUCCUGGUGGAUGGUCUAGUAAUCGCCAACCUGAACGAGCCGACACUGUGUACUACGGAGAAUACAAAUGCACGGGGAAAGGUGCGACUCCCGCUACGCGAGAGAAAUUCGUCAAACAACUAUCCGAUGCGGAAGCUCAACCAUUCUUGGUUCUUGACUAUGUUGAAGGUACCAAAUGGUUGCUUCCUCCUCCAACAGUACCUAAUUAAUUCAUUCUAUCCCAACUUAUUCAUGCGGGCAACAUAUCCUCAGGGUACUGCUAGACGUAGUCUCUUAUCUACCUCAUUGCUGGGUGGAAAUAACUAGUCU